GGCGGAGUCAGCCCGAGGGAAGUCGGGGCUCUCGCUUAAGCGCUUCCGGGUCGCCGCGGCCCUGCGCCACAACCCGGAAGUAGAUGUUGGGCGGACAGGAGUGGCCGCGGGAUCCCGGCUUCGGAGCCGUCGGCUGGGACGCCAGCCGGCGACUGCUGGUGAGUCCUCCGUCGCUGUCUUCGGCGUCAUCCCCGCCGCUGCAUCCGUGGCGUGUCGAAUCCGGCCCGGCCUGGCGCCCGGAAAGGCCGCGGGCUCCCCAGGCUCUGGUGGGAUCAAAACCGAAGCCUGAAGGCCCGAGGGUCCAGCCCCCGGGGCACUGAACGAAUUGAAUGAAUGAACAUCACUGUAAGAGUCAGCCUUGUGAGAUGGUACAGCCCAACAGGGGUCCAUCGGGAGAUUCUGAGACCCUUGGUGAAGGGUCUUCCCUGGGGAAAUCAGCCAUGCUGCAUCUCCCUUCCAGCCAAGUCUCUCCAGAGGCCCUGCAGCGCUUCUUGGAGGAGAACCAGGAGCUCAGAGAUGCCUUACGACAGAGCAACCAGAUGCUUCGAGAGCGCUAUCAAGAGUUUGUGAACUUCCAGGCCAACCAGAAGGAGGAGAAGGAAUUUCUCAUGAGAAAAUUUCAGGAGGCGAGGACGCUGGUGGAGAAGCUAAAGACUGAGAAGCUGGAGCUGAAGAGGCAGAAGGAGAAGGCUCUGCAGGAAAGUGAAAAGGGUCAGAUUCCCGGUGAGACAGAAAGAGAGGCUUGGAGGAUCCUGAAAGAGCAGCUCGAGGACCGUUUGCAACACCUGGAAGAGACCAGUGAAGGCCUCCAGAAGGAGAAACAAGCCCUUCUUCUGGAGAACCAGGAGCUCAGGACAAAGACCGAGAUCCAACCACAGAGACUGCCAGAGACCGAAUCUCUGCAAGAGGCGAGUGACAGGAGUGUAGAUUCCAAUGACCUGCUGACGAAGGUGCAGGAUGUGGAGAACGAGAACACGGUGCUCAAGGAGGAGCUGGCAUCCCUGCGGGGCAAGAUGGCCCACUUGGCAGUAAGGGAAAAACAAGUGGAGAGGCGGGCCGAGCAGCAGUUACAGGCCCUGAAGAGGCAGGUGGAGCAACUGACGGAAGACAAAGGGUCUGUGAAAGCCCAGGUGACCUCACUGCUCGGGGAACUACAGGAGAGCCAGAGCCGCCUGGAGCUCUCGAACAAAGACAAACAAGUCCUCGAGGACAGAGCUCGAACUGUCACGGAGAAGCUUAAGCAGCUGGAGAGUGAGAACGAGCAGCUGCACAAGCAACACAGCGUUCAGGUGGACCAGCUGCGCAUGCAGACCCAAAAUGUGGAGGCCGCCUUGCGCAUGGAGCGGCAGGCUGCCUCUGAGGAGAAGCGGAAGCUGGCCCAGUUGCAGGUAGCCUACCACCAGCUCUUUCAGGAGUAUGACAACCAUAUCAAGAAAAGCCAGGCCAGCAGUGAGCGCAGUAGGGGAAUGGACCUCCAGUUGGAAGACCUCAAUCAACAGUUACAACAGGCAGAAGAGGCCUUGGUAGCCAAACAAGAAUUGAUUGACAAACUUAAGGAGGAGGCGGAACAACACAAGACAGUGAUGGAGACGAUCCCGGUCCUGAAGGCACAGGCUGAUAUCUACAAGGCUGACUUCCAGGCAGAGAGGCAAGCCCGAGAGAAACUGGCAGAGCGCAAGGAGCUCCUGCAGGACCAGCUCGAGCAGCUCCAAAGGGAGUAUAGCAAACUGAGGGCCGACUCCAAAGAAAGUACCCGUAUUGAAGAUAUGAGAAAACGGCAUGUAGAGAACCCGCAGGCAGCCUUGCCGCAGCCAGUUCACCUUGUCAAUCACCACCUUCCCUUUCACCCCCUACCGCCUGGCCAGAGGAGAAGCCUUCCGGAUCAACAGCCCGAUUUUUGUUGUCCUAAAUGUCUGUAUCAGGCCCCAGAUAUCGACACCCUGCAGAUACAUGUCAUGGAAUGUAUUGAGUGAUCCCUGUCCCCCAGCACUGUGGCCAGGCACAGCCAAGUGCAGCCUGCCCGCAUCUUUGCUUGCUUUCAGUUGCCUAGGCCUUCAUGGGAAAACCUUGGCCACCCCUCUUAGUAUUUUUUGCUCAGAAGCUUAAAGGAUGAGGCCGGGUGGUCCCCCUUCAUUUGGUUUGCUCUUGUUCAAUGUGUUCUUUGUCUGACUUGGCUUGCCCAACUUGCUGUACUCCAGGUUCUGCUGAGUUCUUUCUGGAGCUGCAAAGGACCUCAGAGGCCUUCCAGGCUCCCUCUCUCCUCCUUUUGCAGAGGGCCCACAGAGAUCAAGUGACUUGCCCAAGGUCACACAAAUGAUCACUGUCAGAGAUAGCAUUUGAAUCCAGGUCCUUUGACUGCCUCCCAGUUUGGGCACUUUCUUUUGGCAGAGACUGCCCUUCCUUGGUCAUUCUUGUCCCUGGCUCUUCGGGAGAGAUCCUAGCAUUUACUGAGUUGCAGCUAGGGCCAAGGAACCAACUAGCACUAUAUACUAGUAGCCAUCUCUCAGGGCUUUAAGCCCCGACAGGAGCUUUAGUAACAUGCUUCUUGAGCUCUUCAACACUUUUGAGGGUGAGGAUGUUAUGGGUAUGAAUUCUUCCUGUCUUACACAGGGGAAGCCUAAAGUUCUAAAGUGAAGAAGAGAUGUCAGGGCCUCCCCACUAGUGCCAGGCAGGGUCUGGAGCCAGGUCCUCCUGACUUGGAGACCCAGCACUAGUGCUCUCUCCCUUCCCCAUGGAGGUCCACCCUGGGAAUCCAGAAGUAGUCAGUACCAAAGAUUUCCAUCUGGGGUGCGAUACUGUAUGUGGCACUUCUGUGGCCACUGACCCAGGUGAGCUUGCUAGGCUGUAGCAUCAAGACUUUGGAAAGCAGUGUGCCUCUUGUCCUGACUUGGAUGCUUCACGCUAGUCCAGAUUGAGAGUGUGACUGACUCAUGGAUAGUAACUGAGUUGAAGGACUUUCCCCAACUUCCAGUUUAGAACCUAGCUUUGUCCAUAUAGUGUUCACCUCUCCCUGUGCUGGAUGCCCCUCUUUCCCUGCCCAAAGCCCAUUGGCUCUUAGGCCAGUGGGGAAGCACUUUGUACAAGCUUUCAAAUUCCAGAGCCCUGGUCUCCGACCGUCACUUCUGGCUUUAAAAGGGCUGGGCCCACUUUUUUGUACUUCCCCAUAAGAUGGCCGAUAGAAUGACCUCACAUUCUGUCCACUGACGUGGCAGAAUAGUGCUGGGUCUGGAGUUGAGAAGAGCUGGGCUCAUUGUCCUGCCUCGGGCCCUUCAAUUCAUGACCUUCCCAGAGAUGUGUGGACUAAGUCCUGGCCGCCUGGGCAGCCAUCUCUGGUGAAGUUCCACACUGGGGUUCUUCCUGUCGACAAGCUAACCUGGCUCUGGUGCUUGACUACUUUUCUACCUCGGCCCCAGUGGCCUUCUGCUUUGUGGCUUAUGCUACCCUUGGAAGGCAGUGGGAGGAAUGACAGUGCCGCUGAAUUUCUUUCUUCUCUUCUCCCAAAGCAACUAUUGCUGUGGAUAUGAGAAUUUCUGGGUGGAGAUCCAUUAAAUGUACACCGGUGGUGAACUUG